AAUUGAUUACUGAUAUAGUGCUGAGGGAUAUAUGCCCUAAAUUUACUCUUGUAGUCUUGCAUAUGAUGUGUUAAAGUACAAAAUAGUGGCUUUUAGUAGUUUACAAAUCACGAUUAAUCAUGUAACACCGUAAAUUUUAAACUACAAAAGGCAUGAAUUUAUUUUUCUAGCUGCCACAAAGUCAUUUUCAAAUCUUGUCUCUUUUUGUCUGAAACCAAAUUCUAAAGCCAUCAAGUGAGGUUUGGGGGUAGUGUCAACACAUUUAGGCACUGGAUGGUGGAUUUUGCCAUUGAUCACAUCAAUGCCGAUCCGCCAUACAUGAACUAUGAAUAUCUCUGAGGAGGGGAGACAGGACUUCAAUGGCAGUGGCUCCCACCAAGAGAACAUUGUCUUCUCUGCAUUUUACGUACUGAUUUUCAUCAUUGCUGUGCCUGGAAAUGCUUUGGCGCUGUGGGCCUUCUUUCACAGGAACAGCACGUCUCCAUCGACAGUCUUCCUGAGGCACCUUUCUGUGGCAGACAUUUCUUAUAUCCUCAUUUUACCCAUGCGUAUAGUUUACCACCUGUCUGACAGCCACUGGCCCUUUGGACAUGUCCUCUGUCAACUGUCAGGCUUCCUAUUUUACCUAAACAUGUACUGCAGCCUCUACUUAAUGAGUCUGAUCAGCCUGGACAGGUUUAUUGCUGUGGUUUUACCAAUAAAAUCAAAGUCAAUUAGGAGGGCUAAAUACGCAAAGGUAGCUGUUGGCAUUCUUUGGGUGACAGUUAUUGUGUCUAUGAGCCCUAUACUUUUUUCUAAAAAGAACGACACCAACAACUCAACUGGAAUCUGCAAUACGCUGUACUUAGAAAAGACAACUCCCAAGGCUUUGGUAUCCACUAUUGUGGCAUUUGCUAUUCCCCUCAUGACCAUUGUGAUUGCCUACAUACUGAUUCUUUUAAAACUAAGGACGAUCAAACAACAAGAGGAACGACCAGUGAAAGACAAAGCCAUAAAAAUGAUCAUCCUCAUUGUGAUGAACUUCCUUUUUGCAUUUGUGCCCUACCAUGUGAGCCGCAUGAUCUAUAUUGAAAUUCACAGCCAUGGCAACGUUACUGCAACAAGCCAUGAGGCACUGAAAAGAGCCAAUCAGAUCACAUCUGCACUUACCUGUGUCAGUGGUGUACUGGAUCCUGUCAUGUAUUUCUUCCUGAACCAUGCAUUCAAGAACAAAGUGCUCCAGCUGUUCUGUAAAAAUAGGAGAAGUCACCAGCAAGUAUCAAGUGAACCAUAAAUAUUUUCAAACUAAUUGGCCUCUUUUGGAAACAAGUUUUAGUUCAGACAUGGUGGCAUUCAAGCAUGGGUUCACACAUUAAUGUGAUCUUUACAAUGUAGGCUGUAGAAAGUUGUUUGGAGAGCCUUAGUAAUUCCUCUGUCAAUUUAUCAGUCUAUUGUCAAUUAUUUUCUAUUUAUUUUAUUUUGUUUUUGUCUGUAAGUGAAUGUGAGAUUUCUUAUGUUGCUGAACUUCUGCAUAAUAAUAUUUAAGACUA